UCAAUCAUCUCUUCCACAGUCGAGCUUGGUCACUACACCACCCCAACCACUAAUCUUUUCUUAAUUUCAUUUGUUUCAACAUCACUCUCAAUAUGGCUUCUAAAGCGUUAUUGUUAUUUGUUAUGCUCACAUUUCUAUUGGUAAUUGCAAUGGAAGGAAGGAUACUUGGGGUUAAUUCAAAGAGUGAAGAUGGUGAGAGCAACGAUCUUUUGCAACGGUUAGGUUACAAUGUUUCUGAACUAAAGCGUAUUGGCCGAGAGCUUUCCGUCCAAAACGAAGUAGAUAGGUUUUCUCCAGGAGGACCUGACCCUCAACAUCACUCUUAUCCUUUGUCUUCAAAACCCUAAAAUUUGACCAGAGUUUGUGUUGCGCAGCUUUGCCAUGUAUAAUAUUAUUAUUAUUUCCUGUCAAAUAUUGUCGACUUCUGAAGUCAAUGUGAUGUUUGAAAGUAUAAGCUGUAAGAUUGAGGGUCUCCUGAAGUGUACUUGUAAUUAAAUUUGAUGACUUGAA